AUGGAGCUCCGACGGGCAGGAGAGGCCCUCCUCCGUAGUCAUCCAACCACCCUCCUCGCGCCUUCGUCAAUAUCCUCACGAGGAUGCACGAGGCCGCACUUCCCCCCAUCUGCAUCAUGGUCACGGCUCGGAGCAGUAACAUCCCCCUUCAACACUCAUCGACCCUUCUCCACCACGCUUCUGCGGACGCAACAAGCCGCCGCCCGCGCCCCCGACCCACCACCUACGAGGGAGCCGCAGCACCAGCCCAGCUCCCUCGAGUCCGCCCUCGACUCGGCGCUGGACUUCUCCUCCACCACACCGACCUCCCAGCACCGGACCUCUCGCUUCAAGACGCCCUCCGCACAAGCCACCCACCGCAGGGAAACGCACCCAGGGAGCCGGCACAAUGUGACGCCCUCCCCCCUGAACAGCGGCAGCGGCACCACCUCCUCCCUCGACGACCUCCUCGGAGCCAUGACACGCACUCCCGCGCCCCGAAGCCCCGCGCCCUACAGCCCGCGCAGCCGCGACCCCGUGCCCAACACCCUCGACCUAGGUCGAAUGCUCGACCCGAUCUCCAGCCCCUCGCUCACGCCGCCACCGCCCGCCGCCGUGAAGCUGAUCCCGGAGCCCUCGCCCUUCCGGCUGGGGCCCUCGCUGGGCCGCACCGUGAACGUGGAUGCGAGCAAGGGGGUCGAUCUCGCCAGGGGCCUCAGGCAGCUCGAGAUGCUGUGCGGACGCAACCGCGUCCGGCAGGAUGAGGCGAGGCAGCGGUUUCAUGAACGGCCGGGGCUGAAGAGGAAGAGGUUGAGGAGGGAGAGGUGGCGGAGGAGGUUCAAGGAGGGGUUCCAGGCUGUUGUUGGGAGGGUGCAGGAGUUGAGGCGGAAGGGGUGGUAA